AUGCGACCCCAAUGCCAUCACGUACUGCUAACAGCUAGCCUCGCCAUGCAGUCCCCACCUAUAAGAUCUGACCUCCAGUCACUUGGGUUCCCACGCCACAAUUUCAUCAGCAUGGCCGCGUCCAACAACACAGAAGUCCCCGGUGAACCUACCACCAUCGCCACCUCCCUCCUCGAGACCGCCACUUCCGCCAUCCAAAGCUUCGCCCCCAUCAGCAACAUUCACCAGCACCUUUGCGCGUUCCAUUUUUACGCCGACGACAUGACGCGGCACGUGGAGGCUCACCACUUCUGCGGCCACCUGAACGAGGAGGUGAGGCAGUGCCUGAUCUUCGACGGGCCGGACAAGGAAAGCAAGAUGAUCGGCGUGGAGUAUAUCAUAACGGAGCACAUGUUCUUGACGCUGCCGGACGAGGAGAAGAAGCUCUGGCACUCUCACCUCUACGAGAUCAAGGGUGCCAUACUGUUCAUGCCCAGGCUGCCACUGCCCAUCGAGCUCCAAGAAAUGGAUACUCUGAGCAAGACUUAUGGCAAAACCUACCAUGUCUGGCAAAUCGACAAGGGUCACUCUUUCCCAUUUGGCCUGCCUCAGCUCAUGAUGGCUUUCACCAGAGACGGCCAGAUUGACGAGGACCUCCACCGAAAUGCUGCGCAGCGUUUUGGGGUUGACCUCAAGAAAGAGAUAGAGAAGAGAGAACACAUAUCAGGGCUUGCACAUGGAGUCCAUCCUCUGGCAAAUGCAGGAGGGAAGGGUCUUAAGACCGUUUUGAGGGAGGUCCCGUUGAGCCCUGAUGAUGCUGUUCCCCCUGGUGCCGCCAGGGUCUUUGUAUGAAUGAAUCCCUCAAUCACUAGCCUGUUCUGCUUUUUCUAUAUAUGGGACCUGUGAAUGCUCAUGUCAGAUAUAUCUAUGUACUAUAUAUCUCACGAUCACUAGAUUGGUGUU